CCACUCCCCUGCAGGUGGGGAGCUGGGGGCUCAAACCGGGAUCCUUACAUGGGUCUUUGUGCUUUGCACCAUAUGCGCUUAACCCGCUGUGCUACCGCCUGACUCUCAGAAACUCUUCUUCUUAUCUUGCUUUGUACCUCUAAUAGCAGGGUGUGAAUGCUGGUGAAGGAGUGUGGAGUAGGCUAUCAAAAACCCAGUCAUUUGCAGAAGAAAAAUCAGGCAGAAAGUGGGCAAGGGACUUAUUUUAUUUAGUUAUGAGAGAAAGACCAGAGUAUUGCUCAGCUUUAGCUUAUAGUGGUGCUGGGGAUUGGGACCACUUGGGACCACAGAGCCUCAACCAUGAGUGUCUUUUGUGUAACUAUAAUGCUGUCUCCCUAGCCCACAAGGGACACAUUCCCCCCCCCCCUUUAUUGGGAAGAUCAGUCAAUAGUAAAAUACAGUAGUUUGUACAUGUGUAACAUUUCUCAGUUUUCCACAUAAUAAUUCACCCCCCUCUAGGUCCUCCCCUGCCAUCACAUUCCAGGACCUGAACUCACCCCACAUCCCCACAGUCUUUUACUUUGGUGCAAUACACCAGACCCAGUCCAAUUUUUGCGUUGUGUUUUCUUGUUUUUCAAUUUUUUUCUUAGUGAUUUAAAAAUGGUCGACAAGAUUGUGGGAUAAGAGGGGUACAAUUCAUACAGUUCCCACCAUCAGAGUUCCAUAUAGCAUUUCUUCCAGUGGAAGCUUCCCUGUUCUUUAUUCCUCUGGGAGUAUGGACCAAAGAUCUCUAUGGGGUACGGAAGGUCGUAAUUGCUGUAAUUGCUUCUGUAAUUGCAUCUCCGCUGGACAUGGGCAUUGAGGGGUCGAUUCAUAACCCCGCCCUGUUUCUAUCUUUCCCUAGUGGGGCAGGGCUGUGGGGAGAUGGGGUUCUAGGGCACACUGGUGAGGUUGUCUGGCCAGGGAAGGCAGGCUGGUGAAUUUUAAACUCAUUUUUACUGCUUGCUGUGCCGAGCACGAGGUGCUAGGGACUCAGAGGACCAGGUGGACGAGCUGUAUGAGGGCUACUGCGUGCAGUGCCGCCUGCGCGACGGUGCCUCCAACAUGCAGCGGGCCUUCUCCAGGUGCCCGCCCAGCCGCGCCUCCCGGGAGAGCCUGCAGGAGCUGGGCCGCAGUCUGCAGGAGUGCACCGAGGACAUGUGGCUCAUCGAGGGGGCCCUGGAGGUUCACCUGGGCGAGUUCCACGUCAGGAUGAAAGGCCUGGUGGGCUACGCACGCCUCUGCCCUGGAGACCAGUAUGAGGUGCUCAUGCGUCUGGGCCGACAGCGCUGGAAGCUCAGGGGCAGGAUCGAAUCCGACGACAGCCAGACCUGGGACGAGGAGGAGAAGGCGUUCAUCCCCAGUCUCCAUGAGAACUUGGAGAUCAAGGUGACAGAGCUGCGGGGCCUGAGCUCACUGGCCGUGGGCGCUGUGACAUGCGACAUCACCGACUUCUUCAGCACACGGCCGCAGGUGACGGUGGUGGACAUCACAGAGCUGGGCACCAUCAAGCUGCAGCUGGAGGUGCUGUGGAACCCCUUUGACACUGACAGCUGCCUGUUGUCACCCAGUCCCACUGGCAAGUUCUCCCUGGGCAGCAGGAAAGGCUCCUUGUACAACUGGACGCCCCCCAGCACACCCAGCUUCCGGGAGAGAUACUACCUGCAGCCCGUGCAGCAGGCCCCCUCCAUACUCAGCUACCUGGCUGCCAGCUCCCCACAGGGCCCUGGCCUGAGGAGCCAGAGUCAGGAGCUACCUGACAUGGACUCCGUCAGCUCCGAGACCAGCACGUCAGCCUCCACCUCAGAUGUGGGUUUUCUGCCCUUGGCCAUGGGCCCCAACACCUCCAUCGAAGAGGAGGCCCAGGAGGAGCCCCCACCCCCAGGCCUUCUGCCAGACUUGGCCUUCUUGCCGGGGGGCUCGUUUGUGGAGCCCCCUGGAUGGAGGGACUUGGGAGUAGAGAGCCCCAGUCUGUCCAGGGCCUCCCCACUCCUCAGCUCUCCUGUCCCGGGAGGCCAGCAGAGCCCAGAUGAAGGCGAGACUGGGGCUGGAGUGCACUGGCCUGGGGCGGCCCCCGAAAGACCCCUGCAGGAGGUCCUGGCCUUGCUGAGGGCCAUGGGCCCCAUGCAGCCCCACCUUCAGGAGCUGGAGCAUCAGGUCCUUGGCUUCCGGGACCGGCUGAAGCCCCGAGGAGCCCACCAGGAGCACGCCUCUUCCGAGAGCCUGAUGGAGUGCAUCCUGCAGAACUUCGCCUUCCUCAACGCCGACCUGGCCCCUCACGAGCUGGCCCUGUUUGGGGGCUCCCCAAGUCCCCGAAAGGACAGGACAACGCCCCCACCACCGUCACUGAGAGUGCCGUCCAGGGAGCUGACGGCUGGCAGCCCCGAGCUGGACACGCUUCUUGAGGUCCAUCUCCAAGUCUGCAAAACUCUACUGCAGAAACUGGCCAGUCCUAACUUGGCGCAGGUGGUGCAGGAGUGCCUUCUGGGAGAGGCCGCUCAGCAGGCGCAGGUCCUGGACACACUUUCUGCCCUGGAUGUUGGCAAGACCAGCAAGGCAGCGUCCGUGGAAGAGCUUGUUCCACAGGCAGCUCGGAGAAAAGGGUGCCUGAAGUUGUGGAACAGGUGCACACAGCCUGGCGGGGUGCUGUCCUGCCCUGGCUCCACGCUGCUGAACCAGCUCAAGAAAACCUUCCUGCACAGAGUCAGAGGGAAGUACCCGGGACAGCUGGAAAUAGUGUGUCGUAAGCUGCUGGAGCAGGUGCUCAGCUGUGGCGGGCUGCUUCCUGAGGCCGGGCCCCCUGAGGAGCAGACAGUCACCUGGUUCCAGUUCCACAGCUAUCUACAGAAGCAGAGUGUCUCUGACCUGGAGAAGCACUUCACUCAGCUCACCAAGGAAGUCUCGCUGGUGGAGGAGCUUCAGUGCGCAAGCCAGCUCAGGACCAUCAGAAAGCUGCAUGGGAAGCGGCUGAGACAGCUGCAGCCCCUGCCCUACACGCUGGGAGCCUGGGCGCUGCUCCAGCUGGACGGGCCCCCGCGGCUGUGCAGAGCGGCCAGUGAGCACCUGGCCAGAGCAGCGGCCAGCAACAAGAGCUUCCGGGAAAAGGCUCUGCUCUUCUACACAGAUGCCCUGACCAAGAAUGAUGUGAAGCUGCAGCAAGCCGCCUGUGUGGCUCUGAGACAUCUCAGGGGUAUUGAAAGCAUUGACCAGAUCGUCAGCCUGUGCCAGUCUCGUGUGGAGGCCGUGCGGGCAGCAGCCCGGGAAACCACGCUGUCAUUUGGUGAACAAGGGCGUUUAGCUUUUGAGAAGAUGGACAAACUUCAUUCGGAACAAGCAGAAGACUUUUACCAGGAGGCUGAUGUUGAGAUCACAAUAUUCUAAGAAGCUCUAGUCUGGCUUGCUUGGUUUUACUGCUGCCUGGCCACAACUCAGGGUCUGAGCUCUGUGCAGGGAUGCACUGUGAUCCCCCCACCCCCCAAUCAGGAGUGUGAACCAAUUGCAGUGGCCCAGGUACCAGGGAGGAUUUCAUCCAGGAAAGAAAGAGGUGUUGCACAACAUUUCAUGAGCUGCGUAACUUCAAAUCAAGCCACUGACUUUUUGGUAUUCAGACUGUCUGCCUUUCUUCAGGAUACAGAUUCAGGGCAGCUCCAGUCAAAUGUGCCAAACUUGACGGAACCUGCAGGUCGGUUGGUUCAGUGGGAUAAAGACUGGGAUUAGGGUGGCAAGCAGGCUGACUGCCCUCUCAAAGGAGCGAGCAUGGCUGAGUCAUUAGCAGUGAGCUGUCACCCUGGGGAGCUGGGGAAGGUAGGAGGGCACAGCCAGGGUAUCUACCAUUCAUUUGCUAAUGCUGCAGCUGUGUAGCCAUGGGCCAGAGUGGAGACUGAGUGUGGCCCACUGACUGGUGAAUCUUACCACUGUCUUCAACAGCACAAAGGAAGGGAGAAAAUGCUACCAGUCAAGAGCCUUGAGUGAUGUGUCAGGAAGUGCACCUGCUUCGAUCACACUAGCAGAAGGAAAUCUAACUUUUAAAGCAAGUCAACUUUGGGCUGAUCACAUAAGCUGCCUCAGAAGCCAUAAGCUGGUUAAAGCCUUGUUGCUUUAAAGAAGAAAAAAAAAUCCCUAUUUAAGUCUAGUAAAAACAACUCCAUUGUGUCCUGAGCUGUUUCUGUUUUAUAUAGAAAUAACCUGGAGUUGGAAUAUAGCUGUCCACAGUGGCAUUGGAAAGCGUUGCAACUUAAAUACUCUCAUGUAAACUUCCAGUAUAUUUUCUGUGCUUUUUGGUCUAAGUUAGUUAUUUAUUUGUCUUGUUCUGAAAUUUCCAUUAAAAAGCCAUUUUUCAA